UACUAGUCCAUUCUGUUGUCAAAAGGGAGCAUCAGGCACCGCUGCGAGGACCUUCUGAUGAGCUUUGUGAAGGCUUUCUCAGGUUGUUCUAAUCUACUGACCACCUUUUCAAAUGUAUCUGCUUUAGAAUUAAUACGUUAAUUGUUUUCUUUUGGUUUAGUUCCGCGAUUCUGUUUUAAUUGGACAGAGCGGUUGGUUGUUCGUUAGUCUGACUCGGGAGGCCGUGAGCACACGCUUGUUCUGGUUUUCUUUGUGGCUUUUUAUUAUUUUUUUCCAUUGAGUUGUCGAGUCGUCUGUCACAAAAUGAGCGCUGGGACGGCGAAACCGGCGUCGAGUCACGUCGACCCGAAGUCUGCACCGUUGAAAGAAAUCCCCGAGGUUCUGUACGACUCCCGAACCAAGAGACGGUACACCAGGGGUCGGUUUCUCGGGAAGGGCGGUUUUGCCAAGUGCUAUGAAAUCACCGACGUGGAGACGAAACAACUCUUCGCCGGAAAAAUCGUACCGAAGUCGCUGAUCCUGAAGCAACACCAGCGGGAGAAGAUGACAUCCGAGCUGGCCAUUCACAAAAGUCUUGACCACCCCAACAUCGUCGGCUUUCAUGGCUUCUUCGAAGACGACGACUUCGUGUUUGUGGUUCUGGAGAUCUGCAGGAGAAGGUCACUGCUGGAGCUGCACAAGCGUCGCAAGGCUGUGACAGAACCAGAGGCCCGCUACUAUAUGAUGCAGCUGCUCAAGGGCGUCCAGUACCUCCACAACAACAGAGUCAUCCACAGGGAUCUGAAGCUGGGCAACGUCUUCCUGAACGAUGACAUGGACGUGAAGAUCGGGGACUUCGGCUUGGCCACGAAGAUAGAGUUUGAUGGCGAAAGGAAGAAGACUCUGUGUGGAACCCCCAACUACAUAGCACCUGAGGUCCUGUGCAAGAAGGGUCACAGCUACGAGGUGGACGUCUGGUCGCUGGGGUGCAUCCUGUACACGCUCUUGGUCGGGAAGCCGCCUUUUGAAACAAACUGCCUGAAGGAGACCUACAACCGCAUUAAGAAAAACAGCUACACUGUGCCAUGGCACGUCAACUCGACGGCAACCUCUCUGAUCAAGCGCAUGCUGCACGCCGACCCCACCCAGCGGCCGACCAUCUCGCAGCUACUGACAGACGACUUCUUCACCGCCGGCUACAUCCCCUCUCGCCUCCCCACCACCUGUCUCACCGUGCCGCCCCGCUUCUCCAUCGCCCCGUCGACGGCCGCUGAGCUCGGCCAGAGACGCCCGCUGACUGCCAUCAACAACAAGGAAACAGAGAAGGUGGAGUGUAAAGACGAACCUGCACAAAGGGACGCUGAGCCCUUCGACUGUCACCUGAAGGACCUCCUGCAGCAGCUCAACAGUCUGAUCACAGCCAGGCCGUCAGAAAAGGCAGUGAUACGUCAAGAGGAAGCCGAGGAUCCUGCCAGCAUUCCCAUUUUCUGGAUCAGCAAGUGGGUCGACUACUCAGACAAGUAUGGAUUAGGCUACCAGCUGUGCGACAACAGUGUCGGCGUGCUCUUCAAUGACUACACGCGACUCAUUAUGUACGCUGAUGGAGACAGCCUGCAGUACAUCGAUAAGACCUCAGCAGAGUCUUACCUCAGCGUCGCCUCCUACCCGCCAGCGCUGAACAAGAAGAUCACUCUUCUGAAGUAUUUCCGGAACUACAUGAGCGAGCACCUGCUGAAGGCCGGCGCCAACAUGGCGCAGCGUGAAGGCGACGAGCUGGCGCGGCUGCCCUACCUCUUCCUCUGGUUCCGGACCAAGAGCGCCAUCGUGCUGCACCUCACCAACGGCACCGUUCAGAUCAACUUCUUCCAGGACCACACCAAGCUCAUCCUGUGCCCGCUCCUGUCCGCCAUCACAUACAUCGACGAGAAGCGAGACUUCCGCACCUACAAGAUGUCGCAGCUGGAGGAGUUCGGCUGCAGCAAAGAGCUGAACAGUCGCAUCCGCUAUGCUAAACUGAUGGUGGAGAAGCUGCUGCACUGCAAGCACUCUGGCACGGCACACUGAGGCCCUCACUCCCUUGUCCCCCGGUUCCACUUUUAAAUCCUAUAUUUUAUUGCGGAGAGUUGUUCAUCCGAGGCAGUUGCUACAUUGUGGUUAAUAAAAUCAGUCGGAUCAGACAAGUUUUUAAUGUGAUCCUCUUUCCUCCAUCUAAAUGUUCCUGUUUGUCUCCUGAGUUUUAUGUGUGGUGAACUGGUGGUGACAUCAUGUUCGUUCUUCCUGUUUUUAACCUUUUAUGAACUUUCCCUUUUCUGAUGUACAAACUUGUACAAUGUGCUGAAUAUAUGUCGCAAAAAUGGUUAAAUUGUAAACCAAUUUAAAUAAAGA